AUGACCAAACCCUCGGUCAAUUACGGCCUCUACCUGGUCACAGACUCAACGCCCGAGGUCCUCGGCGACCGCAACCUCGAGGAAGUUGUUGAGGCUUCUCUGCGCGGCGGUGUCACUAUCCUUCAGUACAGAGACAAGCACAGCGAGCGUAGUGUCGCCGUGGACACAGCAAAGAAGCUGCACGCCAUUGCCCGCCGCUAUAAUGUUCCUCUUCUCAUCAAUGAUCGUGUCGAUGUUGCGGUAGAAGUAGGUUGUGAGGGUGUUCACAUUGGACAAGACGAUAUGGCAUAUGAAGAAGCAAGGAAGCUUCUGGGCUCAGACAAGAUCAUUGGCGUGACUGCAAGUUCAAAAGAAGAGGCUCUGAAAGCUUGCAAAUCUGGCGCCGAUUAUCUUGGUAUUGGAACAGUCUACUCAACCCAGACCAAGAAAGACACAAAGUCAAUCAUCGGACCCUCAGGAGUCCGUGACAUACUCUCGGCCCUUUACAGCGCUGGCUAUGGCUCCAUUCCUACAGUUUGUAUCGGCGGCAUCAACGCCAACAACACGGCCCCUGUUCUCGCCGCAGCCGGAUCCCCAGUCAAGAGCCUCGAUGGUAUUGCCGUCGUCAGCGCUCUCAUUGCCGCAUCAGACCCAGCUGCUGCCGCCCGGGAUCUAUUGAGCAAGGUUAUCGUUGCCAAAGUCCCAGAGGUUAUAAGGGCCGUGGCCGAUAAGACGCCUCUCUCACACAACAUGACCAACCUUGUCGUCCAGAACUUUGCCGCCAACGUAGCGCUCUGCGUUGGAGCAAGUCCCAUCAUGGCCAACUACGCCGAAGAAGCCGCCGAUCUCGCCAAACUCGGCGGCGCCCUCGUCGUCAACAUGGGCACUGUUACUCCUGAUGGCCUCAAGAACUAUCUGCAAGCCAUCAAGGCUUACAACGAAGCUGAUCGACCAAUAGUUCUCGAUCCAGUUGGCGCUGGUGCUACCGCCGUUCGUCGUAACGCAGUCAAAACUCUUCUCGACGCUGGACACUUCACUGUCAUCAAAGGUAACGAAGGUGAGAUCCAAACCGUUGCGGGCGCCACAAUCACCCAACGCGGUGUCGACUCGACCUCAUCUCUCACUUUUGCCCAGAAGGCCUCGCUUGUGCGCUCUAUCGCCCUACAGCGCCACAACGUUGUCGUUCUUACAGGAGCCGUCGACCUCGUGAGCGACGGAGUCCGCACGGUGGCCAUCAGCAAUGGACACCCGUAUCUGGGAGAAGUUACAGGCACUGGAUGCACUCUCGGCACAACCAUCAGUGCUAUGGUUGCCGCCUACCGCGCCGAUCCCUUUCUUGCUGCUGUGGCUGGAGCCGUCAUGUUUGGGCUCGCUGCUGAGCUCGCCGCCGAGAGGAGUGAGGUUCGUGGGCCAGGAACCUUUGUGCCGACGUUCCUUGACGAGCUGUACGGUAUUCGACAGUCCACUGCCAAGGGUGACUUGCGCUGGCUGAAGAUGGCAAAGGCCAAGACGGUGGAGGUAAACGUUGAUGAUGUCCCGGGUAACUGA